AAUAUUAUUCAAAUAGUGAAACACAUCAAAUUCUCAAAAAAGUAUCAAAUCCUUUUCCAUUCUUUGAAAGUUCAUAGCAAAAAAUAUAAUUUUGGGUUCAAAUUAUUUUGGGUUCAAGAAAUCUGAGGGGUUUAUUUAUUUAUUUAGAUAAAGAUUAAAGAUGAAGAUCACAGCUUUAAUGGUAUUGAAAUGUAAUGGAGAAGGUUCAGAUCCAGUGAUCUUAGCAAAUGCAUGUGAUGUUAGUCAUUUUGGGUAUUUUCAAAGAUCAAGUGUUAAGGAAUUCAUUGUUUUUGUCGGUCGAACUGUUGCUAAAAGAAAUCCACCUGGACAACGUCAAUCUGUUCAACAUGAAGAAUACAAGGUACAUUCAUACAAUCGGAAUGGUUUAUGUGCUUUGGGCUUUAUGGAUGAUCACUAUCCCGUUCGAAGUGCAUUUUCACUUCUCAACCAGGUUCUGGACGAGUAUCUAAAGAAUUUUGGUGAGUCGUGGAAAACUGCACAAAGCGACAAUGCUCAACCAUGGCCUUAUCUGAAUGAAGCUCUAGCCAAAUUUCAGGACCCUGCUGAGGCUGAUAAGCUGUUCAAAAUCCAGAGAGAGUUGGAUGAAACAAAAAUUAUUCUUCAUAAGACAAUUGACAGUGUCUUAGAACGAGGUGAGAAGCUAGACAGUUUGGUUGAGAAGAGUUCAGAUCUCAGUGCUGCUUCACAGAUGUUCUACAAGCAGGCGAAGAAAACCAAUUCAUGCUGCACGAUUUUAUAGAUGAUUUCAGAAGAAAGGGGGCGAUUCAAACCAUGGACAAACUCGUGUCUAUGUUACAUAUGAAGUAUCAGAGAAUUGUUUGUUUAUAUUUAUGAUUUCUGAAAGCUCGAAUUCUUUUGGUUCUCUAUUGUAAUAUGAUCUCGGAUGAAGAGAGAGAGUCAAAAGUCUCAGAUUGAUAAUGUUGUUUGAAAGUUGUGAUGUCACCUAAAUAUAGUUACUAUAUGAUAUGUUUCUUAUUUCUGAUUGCUA